AUGUACGACGAUGAGAUGCCAGAGCUGGAGGAUUUAGAUGAUGAUGAAGAUGGAAAUCAAGACGAAAAUGGGGAUGACAAGAUUCCGACGCCAAAACCUCCAGUCAAGUCACCGCCUCCACCAGCUUCGCCUCCAGGACAACCAACUGCGACUUCUCAAAAUCCUGACGAAUCCGCAGAUCCCUGUGCCUAUCUUCGUCAUCGGUUGAAUGGCCUUGAAGAGCAAAUCAGGACCAGUCACGAGAAUCACGCGCCACAUGGAUUGAAUCGGUCCCACACGUCUCAAUUGAUUGCCACUGUACUACUUGGAAUCAACGGUCUUCACACCUUAGCCAGUGGAGGAGGCUUCAGUAUUGCUGUCGACGCUGGGCGAGGGGUUGAGCUGCGAGAUCCGGGGCGAACACUUAUCAUGAGGGCUGAACAUAAUGGCAUCCCGCUUCUGUACGUCGUUCAGUCACUCAGCGCCGACAGAAUCUCUAUCACCUUCUUCUCAUCGGUGGUGUAUAGAUUCGGAUUAGAGGAUCGGCGUGCCAUAUUCAAUAACUGCUGGGCCACUCUACAAUCGCUCAAUUGGAAACCGCAUCUAUCCGAAAAGGAAAAGCCCGAACAUGGUUUUUGGAUGAAAACUUCUACUAUGAUCGAUGAGGCGUUGCAAGAGAAGUUGCUGACCCUAACCGCGUGGGCGCUGGCUUUGAAUCUCUCGCCAAAUCCCGAUUUCGUGCCCAACAAACAAUUUGCAGAAGAGACAGACAAUAUCUCCUACUUAGCUCUUGGGGGAGCCUCGCUUGAUUGGCAGAUUAUCCGUGCCUUUCUACGAUGCCACAAAUUCGUACAUGACGAACCUUUUGAUGUCCCCGCAGAGCGACGUUUCAGUCACGCCGAAUACAACAUCAACUUUUCAGCUUUUGUGAAUAGGACCAUGCAACCGACGAACGUAUCGUCUUCUGGCAAAUCACACGAAGAUGGGUUCGCAUUCGACAAAUGGACAGAUGCUGAAAGAAUUCAAAUAAUUCCCAGGCUCCGACGUCGUAAGCUCUUGAAAGCUGACCAGGACGCUGAGGACAUGGGAAGAGUUUAUAAGGAACAAUACCCACAUCUGAACGCUGGCAAGAGCAAGAUAGUGAUAGAUUCCUGGAAUGAAGCCCAUGAUAUUUUCCAGGAGAGAUUUCGUGGCGUUCCAGAGCCUCAAGAUGUAUUAGACAGUGCUGCCGAAAUAUCGCUGGGACACCAAGAAGUUUUUGAUGGUAUUGCUACGAUUGCUGUUGCGUUGAAUGAACAGACCAACAAUGCACCAAGCUUUGCAUUGAUUGAAUACUCCACUCUUCGAUAUUUCAUGGACCCCCAGGUCGAACGGAGGAUAGAAGCUCCACAGGUCUUGUUCCCAGGACUUCCAUUGCUACUACCAUGGUCUCAUGGGACGCACGAAGUUCUGGUGGUAGUCCAACCGGAUGUGUCUAGUGGAAACCCCGUAAUGUUUGUGGUUGAUCCUGCAUCCUGGAUGCUCUCGGCGGACGAUCGCAAGGCAAUUGCUACUGGGGUGGCUACGCUUGUUAACCACACUCAUUGGUCUCAGAAUAGUAUUACCAUAUCCGCGAAAACAUGGAUUCUAAACUCUACACGCUCCGAGGCAUGGCAUACGGGCUAUUAUACAUUAUGCCAUGCGUGGGCCAUUCUGUUAGGACUAACCUUGAGGCCCCAGUUCCGCCCCAAAAAGUCGUUCUUCUCCGAAGCUCGUCAGCUCUUGACCCUGUUGCAUUCGGGAAACGUGAAUUGGGAACUUGUCUGGGCCUUUUUACGAUUCCACGAUUUCGUGAUUGAUCCAAAACCUCCAAAAGAACGCCAUUUCGCCGUCAGUACAUCCCGGGACAGAUUAAAGUCGUCUCUCCACGUUCUUCAAAGCAAAGACCGAGAUUAUCGCAACUUAAAGGCACCGCCGAAUAAAGAUGUGGCCUAUAAGUUCCGAAACGAAUCUAAACACAGUGGGACACUAGGUAGUGAUAGUUGGACUACGAGUGACAAAGAAAGACGUGUACCGCUACUUUUGGCUCACGGUAUUCUUGAUGCAAGUAUCAAUCGAGCACGGCUCCGAGCGAGAUAUCGUCACUUAAGACUCAAACCUUCCGAUACUUUCAGGUUAGCUGCAAACAUGACUAAGAUGAGAUCACUGUUAGAGCCUCGAGGAGAGAAAAUGAACCAGCUGGCAGAUCUCGCAGUUUUCAAACGAUUCAUGGAGGUUUUCAGUCCUACGUGCCGACCAAUAUUUCAAGACAUCAAUGAUGCACCUUGCGUUUACUGGAGAAGAAAAUUGCAAUUGUUGCGUGCAGUGGGAGACGACCUCGGGGUUGAACUUCCCACGGGGCUCAAGUUGGAUCUAGACGAUAUUGCCGUUGUAAACGCCAUCUCGUCGGUUGUUGAGGCCAUUGUUCAACUCCAGAAUGACAAGUCCUCAUUGGGUGGGUUUGCUUCCGUAUCUCCACAAAUCCUUCGCAAAGCGAGAGCGGACCAACAACCCACGAUACCUAUUGCACGGCCGAGACGAGCUUGGUUCUUCCCUUACGCGAUCUCCAUCUCCCAGGGCGUAGGCGACACCGGAAAUGAUGAAUCGGCCACACAUUUCGUACUUUGCAUCAUUCAAGAAGAGGUUCAUUCUGGCACUAGUGUAUUCCGCAGAUACAUCUUAGACCCAGGCAAGCAAUAUCACAACGGGGACUAUUCUUCAUCUCUCGAGGAUAUCGAGCGCAUUGCUCACAAAGUAGAAUGGUCGACACAUAGAAAUGAAGACCAAGGAGUUCGAUUCAUCAACUUCAACAACGACACGGAUUUGAAGGAUGUCGCCGUUCAAACACAAAUUGGUGUCUCUGGAAUUCAUGCUGUCCUUAAUGCCUGGAUAUGCGCUUUGGAUCUUACUAUCGAGGAUCAUCCUACAGUGCAGCUGAAUGAGAAGUUUUACGCUGAAGCGUCAGUUGCCAUCCAUUUCGCAAGGGCGGGUGUCCUUGGUUGGGCAGAAAUUACUGCAUUCCUCAUUUGUCAUGGUUUGAUAAAAGAGCGCGCUAUAGAGGCAGUACCUCCAUCACGAAGAUUUAUACUCACUUCAAAAAGAACCGCUGGAGAUCAAGGGAGCCAAGAGACCAGAUUGAGAACGUGGAUCCAAGAUGACGAACGGAUAGAGUCUACCAGGCCGAACUGUUCCUUGGAUCCUUACGACCUCGGAAACAAUGUGUCAUUCGGAAAGUUUUCGAGGCCUCCAGGGAGUGCUGUGCAACCCGAGCAUCCCGCGGGGGAUUACGGACCUAGUGCGCACCUGACGUCAGAAUUUAAAAGAUUAAGAGAAGACGAAUCUGCCAAGGAAUGGGUUCAACUACUCGAGAGCAAACUCAAAACCAGAAGACAUGAGGGAAGGUGGCUUCAUGACGAUGAAGUGACUCUUGCGAUCGCAUCCGUCACAGCUGCUAUCAAUCACAAUGCUGCAAUGGAACAAGGGCUCUCGAUGAUGGGAAUCACUGACUAUAGAUCAUGUGGCAUCCAUGAUGAGAACGCCAUGGAUUUUAUACAGCCUGACAUAAGGUUCGGUAGGCCGAAGAUCUUCCCAAUUGUCCACCGUGAUAACUUCUUCCUUGUUGUGGCCUAUUUAAACAACAAGGAUGAGAUUGUCAUCUCGAUCCUUGACUCCCAAUCCUGGCGCCUUGAAGGUGUUCAAGCGCGAGAAAGAGUCUUCCAAAUUGCUUUGAGAAUCAUUCAAAAAACCAACUGGCUAAGGAACAUUUCAAAUUUUCCCGAGUGGCCGCAGCAUGCAAUCUGGGCUACGACCGCACAACAGCAGAAUGAUUGGAUAUGUGGCUACUACGCUAUUUUCAAUGCUUGGGCAAUUGCCAUGGGGGCUAAAUUGAACAGUAAUUUCGCACCGAGUGUUGAUUUUUUGAAGGACGCCGUGAACGUAAUAAAUUAUGCACGCGGCGGUUUCUUAAGCUGGAGAACAAUCAUUGCAUUUCUAGAUUCCCAUCACUUCAUCGAGGAAAACGCCGACGUUGCUCACUAUAAUAGAUUUGGCAGGACCGCUCGCAUCGAAGAUGAGAACGAAUUAAACCAGCAAGUUCAAGAGCUUCGUAAAAAAGAAGACAAAUACUGGGAAUCCCAAAAAAAUCCGGAUUUUAGCGAUAUUGGCCACUGGAAUCAGGUGGACGUGCCUCUUGCAAAGCGUCAUACCGAGAAAUUUGUUUCCGAUGAGUGGGAUAAAGCUACUCGUACCAGAAUCCUACCGGAUUUAAUUGCAUGGGGCCGUUUUAAAGCAACCAACUCUCGGGAAUUCCUUCAUUAUACUCAUCAGGAGGCGCUAAGUGUAUCUUGGGAGAGUGUUCGUUUAGGCAUCGACGCUUUCUUAAAGCCGAAGGACCGCCCUCUCAAUUGUGAUACAUUACUGACAAGUUUGGGGGCAAAACUAAAUCAAAAUCUAAAUACUCCAUCCACGAUGAGGCUUGAGAAUGCACGCAGGAAAUCGAAUCCUAAACAAUAUGCGCAAGAACGAAUCGAUUUCCUGAAGCUCACAAGGAAGCGUUACGGGAAUGUCCUUUUCAACAAAUCUAGAAAGCCACACCAAAUGACGAGGGCCGGUGAUCUCUUCUUAGACGAAGAUACAGUACUCGCUCUGGCCGCUGUGGUGCAAGCGCUCCCUGUGCAGGGCGAAGACCUCGCCACUGGAUUUUCGCUGGCAUCCUCAUUUCAUGUUAGCGCUUCAAGAUGCUUGGACGAUUAUGGACAAGGACGAGCAACAAGGCCUAGAUCGUGUUGGCUAAUUCCUUAUGUUAUUGAUGAUGAUUUUCUUGAUCUAGCACCUGGAGUCGAGACACCGCGGGAGAACAAAGGGUCGCAGGCCAAUAAAAUGGGCCACAUUUUCUUGGUGGUGGUUCAGGAUGAACCUAAAGAGUCUGAACCUGGAGAACGGGAGUUCAGAACAUACUUCCUGGACAGUUUCGAAGGCAUCUUUGAGGAUUCCAGAGUGUUUAUCUAUGAAAGAGUAAAGGUAAUGGCCAGAAACUUGAAAUGGACCAAGUUUAACCAUGAAGGCGAUGCGGUCCCGAUAAAAUUCGGCACAUUUUCACAACUGGUUACUGUUCCUCGACAGUCUAAUGGCUGGGCCUGUGGUGUACAUACUGUACUUAAUGCCUGGAUCCUUGUCUUGGGUCUUCGGAUAAACCAGGAUAAGUACGAAUAUGAGGAGGAGAUGUAUGAGGAGGCGAUUGACCUAAUGCAACUUGCUGUUUCCGGUCUGCUGGACUGGAAAACGCUUGCAUCUUGGUUGAUUGCCAACGACUUGGUGACCGAUGAAGACUUCAAUUCCGUCCAAGAGAAUCGACGCUUUACAUUGACACAAUUCCAAAGCAAAGACAAUGGUUUCGAAUACGAUGAUGUAUUUGAAGGUUGCAUGAAGUCAUGUCCGGAUUUGAAUCAAUGGGACUGUACCAGUAACUAUGAUUUCAAUCGACUUGACGUGUCGAUUGUGGAUGACAACGAUUCCUUCAUUUUCCCUUCUCCCCAGGCCACUUCGCUACCCAGGCCUAUCGAAGAUUUCGGUCCCAUUGAGGUACAACUAAUUAGGAAAAGGAAACGAAGUGAUUUGGAUUGGUAUGGAAGGCUCUUCGGCAAGUCAAAGAGGAUCAGGACCGAAGUCGAUGUUGGCAUUGAAGAUUCAUGGUAG